AAUUUUAGGCGUUUGGUUUUUCCCGAGUCUCUCGCUCUCAGGCACCCACCUGGGAUUGUCCCUCUGCAAGCAAGGACAUUUUUACAAACAUGUACUUAUGUUUAUGUACAUGCUCCUGCUGCUGAUGAUUUUCCCACUGAAAAGUAAAACCCAAGUCUCAGGCCCAAAAGACCCUUUUCUUGUUCUCAAUCCUUUCCAAAGAGUACAGAUUCAGAUCAAGUUUCUGAUUGACGGGACGGUGUUGAAGAUUGGGUUCAGCAGGUCUUAGGGCUAAUUUUUUGUGUCCUUUUGGUUGUUGCUAUUUACAUUUGAGUUUGAGAUUGAAUGAUUAAAUGAAUUAAGGGUUGGUGAAUGGGGAUUGAGAUAAUGGGGUCUCAAGGUGGUGGUGAUAGUAAUGGCAAACAGUCGCAAUUCCAGCCAUUGGCGCGACAGAACUCAAUGUACAGUCUUACGCUUGAUGAGGUUCAAAAUCAGCUAGGUGACUUGGGGAAGCCACUUAGCAGCAUGAACCUUGAUGAGCUUCUCAAAAAUGUAUGGACUGCUGAGGCCAACCAGUCUCCAGGUAUGGACAUUGAGAGCACAGCACAGGCCAAUCAAACUGCCCUGCAGCGUCAGGCUAGCCUUUCAUUAACUAGUGCACUUAGCAAGAAGACGGUUGAUGAGGUUUGGAGAGAUAUUCAACAAAGCAAGAAUAGUGAGGAAAAGAAGUCUCGGGACCGGCAGCCAACUUUGGGAGAGAUGACAUUGGAGGAUUUCUUGGUGAAAGCAGGAGUUGUGGCUGAAACAUCUUCGGAUAAAAAAGGUGCUGGUCCUGUUGGGGUUGAUCAGAAUGUAUUGCCGCAGUUUCAACAGCAAGGUCAGUGGAUGCAGUAUCCACAACAACAAUAUCAGCAGCCACAGCAGAGUAUGAUGGGGAUUUAUAUGCCGGGCCAGCCUAUACCACUGCAGAUGGCGGCUGGUGCUGUGAUGGAUGUUCCAUAUCCAGAAAAUCAGUUAGCAUUAACUUCCCCUUUGAUGGGAACAUUAUCAGACACACAGACGCAUGGGAGGAAGAGAGGCAUGCCAGAGGACGUGGUUGAGAAGACCGUUGAGAGAAGGCAGAAGAGGAUGAUCAAGAACCGUGAAUCUGCUGCCCGUUCACGAGCAAGGAAGCAGGCUUACACUAAUGAACUGGAGAACAAAGUUUCACGUCUGGAAGAGGAAAAUGAAAGGCUCCGGAAACGGAAGGAGCUGGAGAAUAUGUUGCCAUCUGCUCCUCCUCCUGAGCCAAAGUAUCAGCUACGCAGAACAACCUCAGCCCCAUUCUGACAUCUGUAUUCAUAUUGGAAGCUCUGUAGGCGUGAUGCAGUUGGGUGCUCCGUUUGGUUUACUUUAAGGUGGAUGUAGGCACUCUCCCAAUCCUUCUCUGAAUGAGUGUCUUAUGAUCUCUCUGAAUGAGCUGUCUUUUGCAUUCCUGUGGAUGGGUUGCUUCUCCCUAUUAUGAGAUGUUUCUUGUGUCUAUUUCCCUGUGAGAUCAUUUGCGAUAUAAUUUUCAGCACACACCGUUGUACUUUUUCACUAAUGAGUUUAUAUAGAUGUUUGGUACAUAGCCCCUUUCUUCCAGCCACCAUCUAAUCAUCUAAAGUUCAGUUUAUGCUCAGUUCUUGUGGAUAAUUGGCUAAGUGAGGUAAUCGAAGUGGCUUCUUCAUUUUUCUGGGAUACCCUGUAAGUAUAUGAAAAGCUACUUGCUGCACUAACCUCUAGACUCUCUCUCUGAUUGGGGGCUUUUGGUGAUAAAUAUUCUGACCCAGUGAAAUGUUAAAUAAUGUAGUUGUAAAAUGUAAUGGGUUGUGCUGAAGGUGUUGUAAUUUUGAUCCUAAAUUCUAAUCAAGGGACAAGGUCACCCAUUUUACUAA